AUGGGGCCAGCCAAUAAAUCUCAAAUCUCUUCAAAUUCCUUCUCUCUGAUGGGCAUCCCAGGUCUAGAGCACCUGCAUGUCUGGAUUGGGAUUCCCUUCUGCUCCAUGUACGUGGUGGCUGUGGUGGGGAACGUGACCAUCCUGGCCGUGGUGAGGGCAGAGCGGAGCCUCCACGAGCCCAUGUUCCUCUUUCUGUGCAUGCUGUCAGUCACUGACCUGGUCCUCUCCACGUCUACACUGCCGCGCAUGCUGUGUCUAUUCUGGCUUGGAGCCCAUGACAUUGCCUUUGAUGCUUGCCUGGCCCAAAUGUUCUUCAUCCACAGCUUUACUGCCAUGGAAUCUGGCUUCUUCCUGGCCAUGGCCAUUGAUAGAUAUGUGGCCAUCUGUGACCCCCUGCACCAUGCCACCAUUCUCACCCACACUCGCAUUGCCAAUAUGGGAGCUGCUGUGGUACUCCGGGGCCUCACUUUCUUUUCCCCACACCCCAUCUUACUUAGGCAGCUGCCUUACUGCAGGAGUCGAAUCAUUGCCCACACCUACUGUGAGUUCAUGGCUGUGGUGAAGCUGGCAUGUGUGGACACAGGGGCCACCAAAUGUUACAGCCUCAGUGUGGCAUCGGUCAUUGGUUCCUGUGAUGGCUUUUUCAUCGCUGUCUCUUAUGUCCUAAUUCUCCGGGCAGUCUUUCGUCUUCCAUCACGGGAAGCCAGCCUUAAAGCCCUAGGCACAUGUGGUUCCCAUGUCUGUGUCAUCCUCGUUUUCUACUCCACAGCUGUCUUCACCUUCCUUACCCACCGCUUUGGUCACAAUGUGGCUCCCCAAAUUCAUAUCUUCAUUGCCAAUAUGUACCUUCUGGUACCACCUUUUCUCAACCCCAUAGUUUAUGGGAUUAGGACCAAGAAAAUUCGAGACCAUGUCUUUAGUUCCCUGAGGAUAAACAUUGCCUGA